AUGCAGAGUUUGGAGGGAAGAGAAAACAAAAGGGUGAAAGAGACGUUGGAGUGCUACUACGACGUUCUACUGAGGAUGUUCUCCAUUGUGCGAGACGGCGCUGUUGCAGUUGAAGAACAUGAGGCCUUUCCCGAGACGACGUCGCUCCACCGAAUUGGCUUAGUAGCCGUUGCGAUUUGGGGCGAAAAUUUGACAUUUUCGUUGAUACCCCUGAAAAUGGAAUAG